AUGCAAGUCCAUGCAGUCAGCCCGACGCCCUCGCUCCUCCCAGCGGACCAGAAGGCUGAGGACGCCAGCAAGAUCUGGUAUUUUGCUUACGGCUCCAACAUGGCCUCUGAAACGUUUCGCCAGCACCGAGGCAUCACUCCUCUGGCAGCGGUCCCCGUCCGCAUUCCGGGAUGGGCCCUUACCUUCGACAUCUAUGGAAUUCCGUACCGAGAGCCCGCAUUCUCGUCGAUCAGCCCUAUCCCCUUUUCGGAUUCUGGCACUGGGGACGAGAACGAGAAGAGGGACCCUGCCCUCCCACCAGUGCACGGGGUAGCGUAUCUACUCGAUCGCCGAUCUUGGUAUUCUGUGGUGAGAUCGGAGGGGGGCGGGACAGCCUAUGACGAGGUAGAGGUUCUAGCUGAAGCGCUCCGCGCGCACGCUUGUGACGAAAAUGGAGAUCUGCAGCUGCUAGGGGACGAACCGAAUCAGCCAGGGCGGUUCCAUGUUACGACCCUAGUCAGGGGGUAUGGGCCCACUGUCCCUCGCUGCCCUAGUCUGCGUUACAAGAACAUCAUCCUCGACGGAGCGCGCGAGGCAGACCUGCCCCGCAAAUAUCGAUCCUACCUGGCCACGCUGCCUUUCUAUGACCCGCCAAGGAAUGGCUGGCGUCGGUUGGGGGCCGUUUUAUUCCUGGCUCUGUGGGCCCCAAUCAUGGCUGCAGCCGAGAAGCUGACAGGAGCAACAGCCAACUGGGAUGGCAAAGGGAAUUGCCCGUCGUGGGUGAAGAAGGUGGUACGCCUGAUCCUGUUGCUCAUGUGGCUGCACCAUGACUGGCUCCAUGCGCCUCUCUUUGGCAGAGGAGACGGCUGGGACGAUGACGACACCUCAGAGCUUGACUGCUGUUAG